AAUAAUAUAAAUAUGGCAGAUACGAUUAUAAAUUUCACGGAAUUGCAAAAUGAAUAUAGAGAUAUGGCCUAAAUGAUCAUCCAAAACUUUGAGUCUACAUGCUUUGAUCAGAGAAUGGAGGCAUUUCUUUAAGGGAUGCUAAAUAAGGAUUGGGUGUAGGCGAUGACUAAUAGUCAUACUCUAAAGGGUUCUGCAGGGUAAAAGUUAAAUUACUACCCAGUUACAUCAAGGCUGGCCCAUUUAUAGAUACUAUCAAGAUUUUUUAGUAGUUUGUCAAAGAUCAUUGCAUACUUAUUCAAUAUCCUGAUAGCCAACCUCCUACUGUUGACAGGCCACAAUACCGCUUGAAAGAUGAAUUUGAUGAUGAAAAAAAGAUGUAGGCCUACGAAUAUUUCCAUCCCAUAAUCGAAUAAGCACGAUUACUCAAAUUUGAAAUGUCUAAAUACUCUGGCUCAGUUGUUGCAGAUAAUAUCUUUCUGGCUGAAGGUAUGGGGUUUAUGUCAUAUUUCAAGGAGAGAAGAUUAAGAAAAUGCAUGAGGAACUAAGACAACAACAGUUAGAGGCUCAACAACUGAUAGAUGAUCAAAGAAGACAAUAAAAAAAGAGCCAAGGAACCAUUUAAACUUAAUAAAAAAUCGAUUCCGGAGUUCCAGAUACAGCCUCUUAAAAGGCAUUAAAGGAUUCUGUCUUACACGUUGUUGUUAUUGAUCAACCAUAAAGUGGAAACUGCUAAUGUUGUGAUAAAUGUGCUAUUUUCUGAUUUUUGAUUUUAAUUGGUUUGUUCUUUUGUAUUUUUA